AUGAAGAACAUAGAUUCCAUCAAAGGUUGCAGAAUAGAUGAGAACCACUUCGACUUAGAAAAAUAUAGCACGUUUUACUGCAAACAAGAUGUAAGAAUUUUAAGAGAAGGUUUUGUAAAGUUCCGCAAUGACUUAUUGAAAGAGUUUGAUUUAAACGUUUAUGACUACGUUAGUAUUUGUUCAAUUGCUAACAAAUUAUUUGAGAACAGAGUGUACUUCCCGAAUGGAAAUCUUUAUGACCUCUCAAAUAAACCAAGAGAAUUUAUUUCGAGAUGCAUUCAAGGUGGAAGAUGUAUGUUGUCAGAUAACAUGAAACAAAAGAGCGAAAAGAAACUCAUUGCUGACUUCGACGCUGUUUCAUUAUAUCCAUCAGCUAUAGCAAGACUUUAUACUUUAGAAGGAAUUCCAAAAGUAUUGAAGGAUGAGAUGUUAAGCACAGAGUAUCUCAUGAGACAUUUAUUCGAUGACGACCAAAAGGAACCCAUUGGUGAAAAGUUUAUGUCUGGCUUCUCUGUUCUCAUUAAGAUAACAGAGAUUGGAAUACAUAGACACUUUCCUUUAAUAGUUUGUGACCCUGAACUAAAUCCAGAACUUAACGUUCCCAGAAGUUCAAACACUUGCUGUUUAAUGUAUGUUGACCAUAUAACAUUACAAGACCUCAUAAAAUAUCAAGGUGUCAAAUGUGAAGUGUUGCAAGGAUACUAUUACGAUGGAAACAGAGAUAUUAGAAUAAGAGAUGAAGUAAAGAAGUUGUUUGAGUUAAGGUUAAAGUAUAAGAAAGAAGAAAACCCAUUACAAGAAAUUAUAAAACUCAUUCUGAACAGCAUUUAUGGCAAAACCAUUUUAUCUCCUAUUGAGUCAAAAAUAACCAUAGUAGAUGACAAAGAUGCUAUAAGAUAUGCCAUCAGAAACUACAACCAUAUAGUGAAGUUCGAAGGUUUGGAUGGUUCAGAUAAAACUAUUUUCAAGCUAACGAAAAGCAUUUGCAGACACUUUAACUUCUGUCCACUUGGUGUAAAUAUUCUAUCAAUGUCAAAACGUAUUAUGAAUGAAGUGUUUUGCACGAUUGAAGACUUAGGAUUAAAAGCAUUUUAUCAGGAUACAGAUUCGAUGCACAUUUACAAUGAAGACAUACCACGUUUAGCUCAUGAAUUUAAGAAGAGAUACGGUAGAGAACUUAUUGGUAAAACAUUA